GACGACGGCGACGACGACGUUGACUUGUAUUGGCUCUGCAUUUGUCGUUAGAAUUUUUGCUGUCGACUUGAAUUUGUGUAGUGUUUUUCUUUACAAAAUAAAAUAAAAAUGGAAAAUACCAAAAUGAAAAUAACAAACUCAAAUCAAUUUUCUAAAUUACUUGAAGAGUUGGAAAAAAAUCCGCAUCUUGCAAGGGGAUUUCGCAGAGGCAGCGUUCCAAAAGAUUUCAAGGAGCAAUGGGAACGUGUUUCCGAAGUGCUAAAUGCUCUUGGACCACCAGAAAGAUCUUGUGAUGGUUGGCAAAAGGUUUGGCGGGAUAUAAAAUGUAAAGUUAACAAAAAAUUGGUUAACAACAAAGCCGAGUGUGCGUCUACUGAAUGCAGAAUAUCUAAGCAGCUGGCACUUAGUCCCUUAGAGAAAGCUGUGGCUAAUCUGCUCCAAUUCCAGAAACAAAUAAACACUGAGCGUGCUGUUCAUGGACUGCAAUCUCAAGGCCAAAACCAUGAGUGCGACCUUGAAGAUCGAGCGUUCGAAACGUCUGGCAGUUUUGUUUUGGCAGAUAUGCCAGAACAACCUGAGAGUGAAAGCCAACAACACAUACAAAUGGAAAAUCCUAAAAUCAAAAUAACCAAUACAAAUCAAUUUAAUAAAUUAGUUGAAGAAUUGGAAAAAAAUCCGAUCCUCGCUAAGGGAUUUCGCAAAGGUACCGUUCCAAAAGAUUUCAAAGAGCAGUGGGAAAGUGUUUCCAAAGUGCUAAAUGCUCUUGGGCCACCAACAAGAUCUUGUGAUGGAUGGCAAAAGGUUUGGCGGGACUUAAAAUGUAAGGUUAACAGGAAAUUAGUUAACAACAAAGCCGAGUGCACAGCUACGGAAGGAGAAAUAUUUAAGCAGCUGACACUCAGUCCGUUAGAGAAAGCUGUGGCCAAUCUGCUCCAAUUCCAGAGACAAAUAAACCCUGAGGGUGCUGUUCAUGGAGUGCAAUUUCAAGGCCAACACCAAGAAUUCCAGCUUGAAGAUAUAACAUUCGAAUCGGCUGACAGUUUUGUUUUGGCAAAUGUGCUAGAACAACCUGAGAAUGAAAGUCGACAACAAAGAAAAAUGGAAAAUCCCAAAAUGAAAAUAACAAAUUCAAAUCAAUUUCAUAAAUUACUUGAAGAGUUGGAAAAAAAUCCGCAUCUUGCAAGGGGAUUUCGGAGAGGUUCAGUUCCAAAAGAUUUUAAGGAGCAAUGGGAAAGUAUUUCCGAUGUACUAAAUGCUCUUGGACCACCAGAAAGAUGUUGUUAUGGAUGGCAAAAGGUUUGGCGGGACUUAAAAUGUAAAGUUAACAAAAAAUUGCUUAACAACGAGACUGAGUGUACGACUACUGGAGGUGGAAUGUCUAAGUCCCUCAGUCCCUUAGAAAAAGCUGUGGCUAAUCUGCUCCAAUCCCAGAAACAAAUAAACCAUGAUGGUGCUGUUCAGGGAGUGCAAUGUCAACGCCAACACCAAGAAUUUGAGCAUGAAGAUACAGCAUUCGAAACGAAUGACAAUUUUGUUUUGUUAAAUGUACAUGAAUCGCCUGAGAGUGAAAGCCGACAACUGGAACCAGCAACCAGUUCUACGCGAAAUGAUAAUGGGAUCACUUUGAAAACAAUGCCAAAUACGCCUAUGUCAAAUUAUAACAGCCACUAUGAAAUGCUACAAAAGUUUAGCAGAGAACAGGCAAAUAUAUUGAAGAACAUGAAGAAUUCUAUGUCGUCAGUGAAACGUAGCCUAAAAGAUUUGAAUGACUGUCAAAAAAAAUUAUUGGACAUAGAAGCGAAGAAAUUAAAAUUAAGUAUAGAAAAAAGUGAAAAAAAGAAAGAGAUGCAUGGGCUAUAUUCUCAUAUAUGAAAAAUAAAUUUAUUUAAAAUUAGAGGAAACUUUGUUUAAUUU